AUGGCGGCCGUGGACAUGCAGGUGCGGGCGGGCGAGCUGCCGGAGGAGCCCAAGAAGGACCUCAAGAAGGAGCCCAGCGGAGCGAGCAAGAGCGAGGAGGAAAUGCAGUCGGGCAUCAAAACGUAUUACGAAAUGAAAAUUGAGGAAUACGAAUCGAUCAUAAAUAAAAAGUUGCAAAACAAGAAGAGGUUGGAAGCUCAGAGAAAUGAACUGAACACAAGAGUGAGGGAACUAUGUGAUGAGAUUCAGUACCUCCUGGAAGCUGCCUCUUAUGUAGGCGAAAUUGUAAAACCCAUGGGCAAAAACAAAGUCCUCGUAAAAAUAAACCCAGAAGGAAAAUACGUGGUAGACAUAUCCCAUAGCGUAAACAUAGCUCAGUGUACACCCAACACGAGAGUGGCUUUAUAUAAUGACUCCUAUAAGUUGCAUAAGAUCCUUCCGAGUAAGGUAGAUCCCCUUGUGUCUCUGAUGAAGGUAGAAAAGGUCCCGGACUCUACAUACGAAAUGGUUGGUGGGUUAGACCAACAAGUGAAGGAAGUGAAAGAAGUGAUCGAGUUGCCUGUGAAGCAUCCAGAAAUUUUUGAGUCCUUAGGAAUUUCACAACCGAAAGGGGUCCUCCUCUAUGGCCCACCAGGAACAGGAAAGACUCUACUAGCCAGAGCGGUAGCACACCAUACAGACUGCACCUUCAUAAGAGUCUCAGGAUCUGAGCUGGUUCAGAAGUACAUCGGUGAAGGAUCACGAAUGGUGAGGGAGUUAUUUGUCAUGGCAAGGGAACAUGCCCCCUCUAUCAUUUUUAUGGAUGAAAUAGAUUCCAUUGGAAGUCAAAGGAUAGAAGGAGAGCAUGGAGACUCAGAAGUUCAGAGGACUAUGAUGGAGCUGCUAAAUCAGCUGGACGGAUUUGAGUCUACACAAAAUAUUAAAGUCAUCAUGUGUACCAACAGAAUUGAUAUCCUGGAUGAGGCGUUGUUAAGACCAGGAAGAAUUGACCGUAAAAUUGAAUUCCCUAACCCUAAUGUUGAAGCUCGCAUGGAGAUUUUAAAAAUCCACAGCAGGAAGAUGAACCUCAUGAGGGGCAUCGAUAUGAUGAAGAUUGCCACGGACAUGAACAACUGCUCUGGGGCAGAGGUCAAGGCCGUGUGCACCGAGGCAGGCAUGUUUGCGCUGCGCGAGAGGCGCGUCCACGUCACGCAGGAGGACUUCGAGAUGGCCGUCGCCAAGGUGAUGAAGCAGGACGCCGAGAAGAACUUCACCCUCAGGAAGUUGUGGAAGUAG